UAAAAUCGAGAAGCGCCUUUCUACCCUAGAUUUCAGCGGAAACGCUGAAUGAUAAGAAAAUCUGGGUAAAGUGGGUCGCCGUCCUCGGCUACUUCCUCUAAGAAUUCUUCCGCUGUUGGCGUAGGGAUCUCGUGCUAUAUAAGGGCGGUGGGACGGCCGUGCGCUCUCUUGGGCUUCAGUGCUAGCAUGACCAAGAAAAGAAGGAACAAUGGUCGUGCUAAAAAGGGCCGUGGCCACGUGCAGCCUAUUCGCUGCACCAACUGUGCCCGAUGUGUACCCAAGGAUAAGGCCAUUAAGAAGUUCGUCAUUCGAAACAUAGUAGAGGCCGCCGCGGUAAGGGACAUUUCCGAAGCCAGUGUCUUCGACGCUUACGUGCUCCCUAAGCUGUAUGUAAAACUGCAUUACUGUGUGAGCUGUGCCAUUCACAGCAAGGUAGUCAGGAAUCGAUCUCGUGAGGCUAGGAAGGACCGAACGCCCCCACCCCGAUUUAGGCCUGCGGGUGCUGCCCCACGACCUCCACCAAAGCCCAUGUAAGGAGCUAAGUCCUUACAGACUGAAGAAAAAUUGUUCUCUGGAAAAAAAUAAAAAUAAAAUGGAAAUAAUAUA